ACAAAACGCUUGACACAGCGGAACACAUCUUUCCCAUGUGUUUUGAAGUAAAGAGCAGCUAGCCUUUCAGAUGAGAUGUAAUAUUAGAAGAGAGGCGGGGAUGUGGUGGUUUAUUCGCGAUGGGUAAUGUUUUCGGCAGACAGAGACACCUCAGUCGAGUGACAGAGCAGGACAGGGCGAUAUUGCAGCUGAAACAGCAGAGAGAUAAACUGAAACAAUACCAGAAGAAAAUCACAUUACAGCUGGAGAAAGAGAGACGUCUGGCCAAACUGCUCCUGAAGGAUGGCAAGAAAGAGCGAGCUCUUCUGCUGCUCAAAAAGAAACGCUACCAAGAUCUCCUGCUGGACAAGACCGAGAUCCAGAUAGCCAACCUGGAGCGCGUGGUUCAAGAUAUUGAAUUUGCUCAGAUUGAAGUAAAGGUCAUCGAGGGUUUAAAAGCUGGGAAUGACUGUCUUAAGCAAAUUCAUGAGGUCAUGUCAAUUGAGGAGGUGGAGAGAAUACUGGAGGAGACGCAGGAGGCCAUUGAGUAUCAGAAGCAAAUUGAUGAACUGCUGGCGGGUUGGUUGACACCGGAGGAUGAGGAUGCUGUGUUAGCCGAGCUGGAGGCCAUCACUCAGGGAGAAGACAUAACCCUUCCAGAAUUACCCACAGAUCCAUUGCCAGCGGUGCCUACGGGAGAGACAGAGAGAAAAGAGCCGGAGCGAGAGAUGCUGGCAGCGUAAUGUGUGAUCUUACAACCUGGCUCAUCACUUUGGUCUUCUUAAUGAAAGGAAGAGCUAGGGGAAUAUAAUUGAGAGAAAAGAAGGCUUUCGUGGGAUUAUUUAAUAGGCACGCGUCAGAAGCAUUUCCCACGGUCAUGGGAAACUUCAGGGAAUGUCAGGGGGGGGUUUACUUUUUUGGAUUUCCAGACUUGAAAAAGUCACGAAUGUCAUGAAAAGGCCGGUUUACGGUAA